CGCUCCUCCUCGUCCUCGUUCGCGUCCCCCGCCUCGACCUCCGCGCCCGCUUUGCCGCACCCGCUCGCCGAGCCCCCGGCGGGGCCGCCGCCGCCGCAGACCCAGAGCCACGCCCACUCGCAGCACUAUCGCCUGUUGAAGUCCGAGAGCAUGCCUGUCCAUCUGGGUAAAGAUGCGGUUUCAGGUGGCGAUUCUCGGGUCCCACCGCAGGCUGACGCUCAAGGCCAAAGCUCCAAGAGGCUCAGCUCCUCUCCCAGCAUUGAAAACCUCAGCGGCAGGCCACGUCAGUCCUCCUCCUCGCCGCCCCUGCCGUUCUCCAGGGGCGAAAGCGAUUUGAGCGCCUCGUCGCCACCCCUCUCCAGCGCCAAGAAAGAGUCGUUUUUCCACAUCACUCGCUCGCGUUCCCAUAGCAAGACCAUGUCCAGGAAGGAGACGGAGGAGGAUUUGGAGGCCCAGGUGUCGUUCUUGCAGGGACAGAUCAACGACCUGGAGGCCAUGAGCAAAUACUGUGCCAAGAUGAUGAACAGCCACAUCUGUAAAAUUCAGGAAGUGAUUUUGCAAGAGCACUUGGAAAAAGAGGACGAGGUGCUCGUUUCACUGGCGGGGCUCAAACAGAUUAAAGACAUCCUCAAGGGGGCGCUGCGCUUCAACCAGAGUCAGUUGGAGGCCGAGGAGAACGAGGAGAUCAACAUUGCAGACAACCACUACACCUCAGCAGCGGAACCCGAUUUCGGAGCUCCCGGCGGGCGCCGCGGCAAUCAGCGGCCGCAAGUUGGCAGGCCAAGGCGAGGCCCCGGCGGAGACGGCGGCAAGAUGGUGGAUGAUGAUGAGCAGCAACAGCAGCAGGAGGAGGAGGAGCAAACCAUGACGCCGCACGAGGUGGAGUCCAUGGGCUCGGAAGCUAGGAACUGGGAAGACUACAUCCUCGUAUCCCAGAACGGAGACCUGCAGGGCGCGGACGGAGGCAGGGCCGCAUCGGAGCGCAGCCCUCCCAUCAGGCGAGGCCGCGGCUUGGUUCGCAUGGAGCCCGAAGGAGCCGCCGGGACCUUCAACGACCCCCUGUCGGGACCCGCUGCCUCGGGCUCGUCCAGCCCGGAUGAAGGCUCAACCACAAGCAAGGACUCGGACUUCACCAUCGUCAACCCCAGUGAUUUUUGAACAAGUAAACCGCAUCUGCCUACUCGCCCUCUUUUACCCGAUGUCUUUGCAAGGUUGCCAUAAUAAACAAAUGACUUGGAAUCAGAGAGGGGGAGCGAAGGGAGGGGGAGGGGCUUUUUGAGAAGCUGCUAUCCUUUUAAAAGUUGGAUGUGUAGACUGUGACGUGGAGAGGCAGCCUUUCCCGAAAACAUUGCUUCAGUACUGUUUUAAGCCCAUGCAGAAUCCAGUGGUACCUUGACUUGAUUAACUUUCUCCGUUGUAAUGAACGGAGGUGCCAUUAAUCCUUUCCAUCUCCCAAAAAGCACUUUUUUUACCCCCCUGGAAUUUGUUUGUAAAACUCAUUCAGUACUUGCCAAUUCUAGACCCAAGUCUGAAAAGACGUUUAACGUCUUUGGGAGUGAAUGAGUUAAAAUUAAUAAUAUAGCCAUAUGCAGUACUGUGCUAUGUAAAAAUAGACCUAAUAACAUCAUAGAAUUAAAAAAAAUGUGCUCCAUUUUUAUCACUUCACUUUCACAACUAAAUUUUCUUCACUGUCCCCCCCCUUUCUCCCCGCUUUCUUCUGCCCAUCACAUCACCCCUCCCCCAAAAAAGAUUUCCUCACUUUUCACCUGUCAUUUUGACACCCUCUAUCGACUCAUUAUCACUCACCUACUUGGGAUCCAGAGUUGGGGGGGA